AUGACGACGACAGGAGAGGAUUUAGUAGUAAGCAGCCAUACUAAGAAGGAGAAGCGACUAUCUCGGGUCCAUGGUUGGGCCAAAGUACGCCAACUGGUGUUUUCCGAUUCGCAGGCACCCUGGGAUCGCAACAGCAACAAGGCAUUGUUGGUAGAAUCAUCUGAUGAUGAUGAUGAAGAUGACGACAUUGACAGUGCUUACUACUCCCAAGAGAGUUAUUGGACUAGUGAUGACGACGAUGACGAAAGCAUUAACGAGGAAGAUGAAUUGUCAUUGGCCGCCAUGGCAGCACAACUGCGGGAUCAGCUCCAGGAGGACAGUCUAUUGAAUGAUAACAGUCCCCGCAGUUCGUUUGUCAAGUCUCUGCGCGAAGCCAACUGCUACUCUCCGACUGUCAGUCAGGCGUUUCCUUCGGAUAUCUCUCUGUCCACAGUAGACGACACUUCCGAGAUUGGCUUUUCCUACCACAGUCGAUCGUAUCACAGUCGUAGUGGACGCAGCAGUCGACGACACUCCAUCUCUCGUACGAGUCUCGGACUGGGACUAGAAGAUCCUAUUACAGAAGAAGGAGAACAGCAAGUCAUUAUGGAACUCUCAUCAGACAUUCAAACAGCCGAGAUUAUUAUGAAGGAAGAAGAAGAAGAAAUAGAAAGUGUUCCUCAUCCCAAAGAUACACUCAUGGAGUUGCUCCAAGACACCAAAUUCCAAAUGGAGACCUUGACGGAAGACUACUGGAAAGAUUUCUUUCUUCCCAUUACACCCUACAGAAUUGACUCGUUCAAAUCCAGAGUGGCCAGACUGGUCUCCAAGGGAAACGCACAAGGUCUCAAAGAGUACCACCAUCAACAGCAAGAGCAGCAGCAGCAACAGCAAAGUACCGCCAUCGAAUGGAAUGCCUGUAAUGCCAGAGGAGAGUUCUACUUACUCCUCGCCUGUCGGGCUCAGUCACGCAAUACCGCCAAAUAUCUACUCCAACAGGGGGCAUCGGUGCAAGUCCAAGACAAGUUUGGUCGAUCCCCACUGGUCGAACUCUGCUGGACCAACAAACCCGAUUUUGGACUCUUGACCGUCGUCAUUCAACGAGCUCCGGCGUUGCUCUUUGUCCCCGAUCGACGUGGAUUCUCACCAUUGCGGUACAUUCCCAAGGAAUGUCACAAGGAAUGGAACGCAUUUCUCCAAAGUGAACCGAUUGGCUCCCGCAUUGUCCUGUUUGCGCGGUAUGCCGUCUACUGCCAGACGGCCUCCGAGCUGCAACGCAAUCAGCAGCGACUUCAAACGCUCUUGCGGCAACGAGUGUCGUGUUCUACCAGCAGAAAUACCAAUACUGAUAAUAAUCAGCUGACUCUACAAGAACCACAACAACAACAACGGGUGGUCUGCAACCAUGCUUGCUAA